UAUUUAGGCCACAUAUAUACGGGCGCUCGUAGAUCAGUAGUCUUCAUCGCUCUACUCCCAUUAACCAUGAAGGCAGUUUGCGCUCUCCUGGCUUUGGUCACGUAUUGUGCAGCCCAGACGCCGACUCCAUGCGAGUCACCCAAGCAAUGGGAAGGCAGACUGUACAGGAGCGACCGCACCCAUAAUACGAAUGUGCUGGCGAAAAUCAGCUAUGACGAGGUGAACCAGCGCGGACGCAUUAUCGAGGAGGUGCAAGAGGGGUCCACGCAGAGUUUCUACGACGUCCUUUUCAUUCACAGCGUUAACAAGGAAUACAGACUCGAUCUUAAGACGAGGAAAUGCAACGUUACAAACCUCGAUAGACCCUUCCGGCCAAUGGGCGUGCCUCCGUUUGCCAGGUUCCUGUUUGAGGCUACGAUUGGCGCUGCCGGAUUUCCGGGGGAGUCGCUCAUUGCACAGACCUGGGACGGAGAGUUCGAGGAUAAAUCCCGCUUCAUUGUUUCAACCACGUAUCCGGACUGUGUACCUCUCAACAGCGGUUACUUCUCCAACUCAACGGGAUUCAUACAAGACAAUUUCUUCGACAUAACAGUAGGAAUUUCUGAUCCAAGUGUCUUCAUUCCACCCACAGAAUGCGGCAUGUACUCGGAAGGGAUUCCAGCAGCACCGAUCGUGGCCUCGAACACGAAGCGAGCGUCCGGGGGGAUUCCGAUUGUGCGGAAUGGAUCCGAGUUUCUGACGGACCUCAAAAUGAAAUUCAUGCUCGCCUUUUUCGCUUUGGUUGCAUUCUGUGGAGCGCAGAAACCAACACCUUGCAAUUCACCUGAACAGUGGGAGGGACGCAUAUACAGGAGCGACAAAUCGAAGGCGUUCACGGAGUUCGGUCGCGUUAGCUACGACCAGAGGAACAUGCGUGUGCGCAUAAUCGAGGAGAGGGAGGUGGGCUCAACCAAGGACUACUACGACACUCUGUACCUCCACAACAUCCAACGCAAGUAUAGGCUGGACUUGACGACGCGCAAGUGUAACGUCACCGAUCUAACCGACCCAUUCCGUCCGUUCGGCGUCCCUCCUUUCGCCAGGUUCUUGUUUGAGGCUGAAGUAGGUGCCGCCGGAGUUCCCGGAGAGUCGCUCGUUGCUCAGACCUGGGACGGAGAGUUCGAGGAUCAUUCGAAGUUCAUGAUAACUGCCACAUACCCCGACUGUGUCCCGAUCACUUCCGUUUUCUUCUCCAACGACACUGGGUUCGUUUCGUCAGAUUUUUACGACAUCACAGCUGGCAUAUCUGAUCCCAUGGUUUUCAUCCCUCCCAUCGAAUGCAACAUGUAGAUGUUAGCUUUCUUAAUUAAACAAUAUUAUGAUUGCA